AUAAUGUUGAUCCCCACUCUUCUUAUACUCUCUCUUCUCUUUACGACCUCUUAUGCAUCUGUUCACGACUUUUGUGUAGCCGAUUUGUCACAGUCUGACACUCCCUUGGGUUUCCCAUGCAAAGAUCCCAAGAAAAUAACAGCAGAUGAUUUUUCUUUCUCGAGCCUUAGUGAACCUGGGAACACAGCCAAUCCCAUCAACGCUUAUGUCACUCCAGCAUUCACUCCCCAGUUUCCGGCCGUGAAUGGGCUUUGGAUAUCCAUGGCUAGGUUAGACAUGGCUAUGGAUGGAGCUCUACCGAUGCAUACUCACCCUGGAGGCACGGAAAUGUUGUAUCUCAUCAAAGGGACUACUUGUGUUGGAUUCAUAUCGUAUGAUAAUACUUUGUAUGCUAAGACGAUAAAAGAAGGGGAUACUUUUGUUUUCCCACAAGGGCUGGAACACUUCAUAAAAAAUUGUGGUACAAGCCCUGUAUUUGGAAUCACUAGCUUCAGUAGUUCGAUGCCAGGAAUGCAGAUUACUAGAACCGAUAUACCAACAGAAGUGGUGUCAGGGACAACUUUCUUGGAUUCAGUACAAGUUAAGAAACUCAAGGGUGUUCUUGGUGGGUCUGGUUAA